AUGUAUUUCACGUUGGAAUCGUCUGAUAUGAACUGCCCCCAUUCCAAUCGCUUAGAGAUGCGACAACAAGGUGAUAUCUCGGUGGAAGUGGGGCAUUUCCGUACCCAAAAUUACAUCGAGUUCCCGGGAACCGAUAGAGCACAACGAAACGUGACCCUCACCUGUGACGUGUCUGGUCGGUUGGUUUCCAUCCUGUGGAAAAAGGACUACCGCCCACUCCGGCACAGCGAGAACGCAAAUCUGUCGGAUGGAAAUAAAACGUUAACGAUCACGGAAGUGAAUAGAAACGACACCGGGAACUACUCCUGUGAGGCGGAAGGUCUCCUCGGCAGGAAAGUGAGCAAACUGUUCCAGCUAACAGUUUACUAUGGUCCAGACGAACCCCAGAUAGUAAUGAGUCCCAAAGAAUCAACAUUUCAUCGUGGAUCAAAUAUUACACUCACGUGUAAAGCAUCGUCAUUUCCAGCUUCAAAAGUUCAUUGGUUUUUCAACGGAAACUCGCUGAAGGAUAACGAGGAGCAGCUGAUUAUCGUCAACCUCCACCGGAAUAACACAGGAAAUUAUACUUGCGAGACCUCUAACAGCAAAACCAAUCUCAUCAAACAGAAAUCAGUACAAGUAUUCCUGUCAGAAAUAGAUGAUCUAGAAGACUAUGGAAAUAAGUCCUGGAUCGCUGCCGCUGUAGUUGGUGUACUGGUCAUCAUUGCCCUCGGCGCCUGCGCAUUCUUCAGAAACCGAAACUAAAGCGGGGAGGGUGUGGACGUAAUUUUACUGCGUCCCCAAUCUAUCCACAAAACCCCAGAAAAACAAACAUGCUGGAAAUUCCUCCCCGGACGUCUGUCUCCUGCUGAAAUUGUACUGUCAUAAGUCGCUUUCGAUUUGAGAAAUUCGUGUUGAUACCAUCUGACAGGGGCUGGUACAAUAUGGAUUCGGUCCUGCCGUUAUUAACCUGACCAUGCAACAUUUGCGGUGAAAGGUUAUUUGUAUACGGGCAGGUUUGUGUAAUGACAGGCUUUGUAAUAAAUUUUUAUUAAAGUUAUAUUUUUCUUUGUACCAGCUAAAGGCAUUGACCAUCUCCCUUCCUACUUCAUCAAAGCAAACACGUUGGGACACUAUUGAAUUCAGAAGGUUUACGGGUAUCCUCUGGUUGGCACUCCUGACAUUGCUACUAAUUAUUCCGGAUCACACGGACGUACUUGCUUAUACAUCAACCUAAAGUAUUGCAUUCUGAUAUUAAAAUGUUCUAUUUGUAAA